UGGUGAGUGCGGCUGCGCAGAGCUGAGGCGCUAGUAAUGGCGGCCACGGUGCGCCUGCGCAGAAGCGGAGUACGGGAAGACCCCGCCCAUUGUGAUGCGAGUGUUGGCGAGUGCGGCUGCGCAGAGCUGAGGGGGCAGUAAUGGCGGCCGCGGGCGGCCCUGAGGCGACGGUGGCGGCGACUACAGCGACGGCCGAGGGAGCAGUGGCGGCGUCGGUUCCUGUGGCGGCCCCCACAGCGGCUGCAGCCCCAGUAUCGGUGCAGCGAGAGCCUGUGUACAACUGGCAGGCCACGAAGCGGUCUCUGCGGGAGCGCUUCGCCUUCCUCUUCACCAACGAGCUGCUGAGCGACGUGCGCUUCGUGGUGGGAAAAGGGGGCCCUCGCGCCUCAGGAGGAGGCGGAGGAGGAGGAGGGGGGCCUUCCCAGCAGCGCAUCCCUGCCCACCGCUUCGUCCUGGCCGCCGGCAGCGCCGUCUUCGACGCCAUGUUCAACGGAGGCAUGGCCACCACCUCCGCGGAGAUCGAGCUCCCCGAUGUGGAGCCCGCCGCCUUCCUGGCCCUCCUCAGGUUUUUGUAUUCAGAUGAAGUUCAGAUUGGUCCUGAAACAGUGAUGACCACUCUCUACACAGCCAAGAAGUAUGCUGUCCCAGCCCUGGAAGCUCACUGUGUAGAAUUCCUUACUAAGCACCUCCGUGCAGACAAUGCUUUUAUGCUACUUACUCAGGCUCGUUUAUUUGAUGAACCACAAUUGGCUAGUCUCUGUCUUGACACAAUAGACAAAAGUACAAUGGAUGCAAUAAGUGCAGAAGGCUUCACAGACAUAGAUAUAGAUACAUUGUGUGCAGUAUUGGAAAGAGACACGCUCAGUAUUCGUGAGAGCAGACUUUUUGGAGCUGUUGUUCGCUGGGCCGAAGCAGAAUGCCAAAGGCAACAGUUACCAGUCACAUCUACAAAUAAGCAGAAAGUACUUGGCAAAGCCCUGUCCUUAAUCCGUUUUCCACUGAUGACAAUUGAAGAAUUUGCAGCUGGUCCUGCUCAGUCUGGAAUUUUGUCAGAUCGGGAAGUAGUAAAUCUCUUUCUGCAUUUUACAGUCAACCCUAAACCUAGAGUUGACUAUAUUGACCGACCAAGAUGCUGUCUUAGAGGAAAGGAAUGCAGCAUAAAUAGAUUUCAACAAGUGGAGAGUCGUUGGGGUUACAGUGGAACAAGUGACCGGAUCAGGUUCACAGUCAAUAGAAGAAUUUCAAUUGUGGGAUUUGGAUUAUAUGGAUCUAUUCAUGGACCCACUGAUUACCAAGUUAAUAUACAGAUCAUUGAAUAUGAGAAAAACCAGACACUAGGACAAAAUGACACUGGAUUUAGCUGUGAUGGUACAGCCAAUACCUUCAGAGUUAUGUUCAAAGAGCCUAUAGAGAUUCUGCCAACCGUGUGCUAUACUGCUUGUGCAACUUUAAAAGGCCCAGAUUCUCAUUAUGGCACCAAAGGACUGAAGAAAGUAAUCCAUGAAUCUCCUGCUUCAAGCAAAACUUGCUUUUUCUUUUUUAGUUCGCCAGGUAACAACAAUGGCACAUCAAUAGAAGAUGGACAGAUACCAGAAAUAAUAUUUUAUACGUAACUUCAAGUAACUGAAAUAAAGCAGAAAAAACAAAUUGACUUUUUUUAAAAAUGGACCAAUGGGAGAUAUGGAAAACUGUGAAUCUUUGUAAAUACAUGAGCUCAGAUGUGUUACUGAAAAUGAAGUAUUGUACAUGGACGGUACUAAAAAAGUAUUCACUACUCCAAUAGCAGUAUGCAGCCAAAUCAUUCUUGAACUAAGAUAUUCUUAUCUGUACAUAAAUAUUUAACUUGAUCACUUUAAAUGUACUAUCCAUAACUUGGAAGCUGGAGCAGAAUAUUUGUUUUUCCCUCCCUGAAAUAAUCUUACUGAAGAAGGUCUAUCAUGUGUGGAUUAGGAUGACUAUGUACUUGUAAACUGAACUCACAUUUUAAAAAACAACUAAACCAAACACUAAAUUUGCAAUGAAAGUGUGAAGCAGAUUUAAGAUUGAUACAAAUUGCAUCUGUAAUUGUACUUGAUACAGUGUACAUAAACAUAAUCAGUUUUGUUGUGUACUGGGAAAAAGUUAGUCAGUUGUAUGAAGCAAUUCUUUAAAUAUAAAGUGAAGAGUGGAAGAAA